AAGGGAAACUACAGUUGGGGCAGUGACGGCUACUCUACAACCAGCAGUGGAACCAACAGCCAGGUCAACCACUACUGCCACCGCGACGGCAGGAGCAGCUCUAGCGGCUACCACUACUCUAACUCUGAUGGGAGCUACUACUACAACAACCUGAAUGGGUCAAUGUACUAUGACAGUGGCAACAGGUACUUGCAGUACACGUUGCCC